GAUUCAUGUGUGACAGGCGCAACUGGAAAGGCACUAACGCUUGAGUGGGUGGGCCCUUGUCACUAACCAUGAGUGUGUUGCUUCAGCCUGUCAAGAAUAUCUGUAAACCCUCUCUACCUACACUGUUCUGCAGUAAAGUGUGGGGCUGCAUCUGGCCUGUGGCGCAGAUAGUCAUUGGUGCAGUAUACUUAGAUGAGUGCCCCAGGGAGCACUACAUCCCCAUCUACCUGGUGGUGAUGGGGGUGUUCAGCCUUAUGCUGGCCCUGCUGGCUUGUUUGCCCUGUGCAGAGGAGCCCAAAGACGGGACCACCAACACCCUUCACCGCCUGAGCAUUGUCUGGCACUCCCUUGUGUCCACUUUCCUCGGCUGCUGGUUCAUCGCAGGUAACGUGUGGAUCUACCGUAUAUAUGAGCCUAACUAUGUGAAGAAUGAAACCAUGAUUGACACAUACUGCCAUAAGACGCUGUACCUCUUUGCAUUCUGGAGCACCACUCUGGUUUACAUCAUAUUGGGGGCUGUUCUAUUGGGAAUUUCCUGCAUGUACAUCUGUAUCAGCCUGUGUGUGUCCUCUGAUCCCGAUGAUGAAGCUGAGAGCCCCAGACCUCCUGCUCAAGACAGCGGACAAAUUUGA